GACCGUGAGAGAGAGAGCGGCCGCGCAAGAGAGGGGUGUAGGAGAUGCUGGCAGUGUGUUUCACCGCUAGAGAGACGCCGAGCUCCUGUUCUUCCUGCCUUGACAAUGUACAAGAAGCGAACAGGGGAGGAACAUGGUAUGUAAACCAAAGACCGAAGAAACACUCUCCAAAACGGGGCUGUGCGAGCACAGUGAAAGACAAUAUUGUAAACAAUAGAGCAGCAUUUUCUUCGAACUGAACUACAAAAAAAUAUUAAGCGACCGGCGACGUUAUUUUGAUGGACACAAACCAGCAGGCGUGCGCGGCUACGGAAGGCAGCUGAACUCUUGUGAGAAUGGGUUAGGAACACAAGUGUUAUUGAAAGAAGAAAAACACAGAUGCCCUUUUCGACACAGCUGGUCUGGGACUUGAGUGCUGCUGUCCGCGUUCCUUGGGCUCAUUGCUCAGGCUCCGCUUGCAGAGAUUCCAGACUGCCUCAGGAUUGCGUAGCGCUGCCCGGCAGGAGCGCCGCCGCGCCGCGAUAGCGGAAUGCCAGGUGUUGAUCGGGCAUAGAGGAGCAUUGUCGUGUGUGUUCAGAGGAAGCCCCGCGGGGUGGGGGGACACAAGCCGACAAACCAGUUGUCUUAAGGAUGUCACGGCGGAGGACUGCCACUGUUCUGGACAGAGACAGGUGCGACCGGGAGGAGGAAUAGUUUCCAGAAGCCAGGAGGGGGAGGGACGGCAGGGGGGACCGAGGAAUUGGCACCGUCGACAUCCUCAGACCCCCCCUCCCUCCCCAGCAUUCUGGUUUUCGCUUCGGGAGAAGAAGGGCUGUGUGGAAACACGGACAGCUCGAAGCGCCGAGCACAGGGCUGAUCUCCGGCUACCCGAACCACCCUCACACCGCCAUGACGACGCUGGCCCAGCCCCUCAUCCUGCUGCCCCUGCUCCUCCAACUGGCUGUCGCAGUAUUCCCUGAGGAGAUGGGGCCCCUGAGUACUGCCCCUGUGGAGGCGGCCAGGAGGUACCCUGUGUUCCUGGGACGGCCCCAUCGGUCUGCUGUGAGGCAGGAGCCACUGCUCAUCCAGAGGAUCCUGCAGGUUAACCGCACCCUGUACAUCGGAGCCAGGGAUGACCUGUUCCGGGUGGACCUGGACGGUGUGGCUGGCGAGGAGAUGUUUUACAGUAAGAAACGGACCUGGGAGCCCAAUAAGAAUGAUAUCAGGGUCUGCCGGAUGAAGGGCAAGCAUGAGGACGAGUGUCGGAAUUUCAUGAAGGUACUGCUGAGCCGGAAGGAGGGCCUAUUCAUCUGUGGGACGAACGCCUUCAACCCACUGUGUGCCAACUACACUGGCGACACGCUCGAGAUGGUGGGGGAGACGAUCAGUGGGAUGGCGCGCUGCCCCUAUGACCCCAGACACGCCAACGUCGCCCUGUUCGCAGAUGGGAGCCUGUUCACAGCAACGGUCACAGACUUCCUGGCCAUCGACGCCGUGAUCUACCGCAGCCUGGGGGAUGGCCCAGCCCUGCGCACUGUCAAGCACGACUCCAAGUGGUUCCGAGAGCCAUAUUUUGUCAGCGCAGUGGAGUGGGGUCAGCACAUCUACUUCUUCUUCAGAGAGAUGGCCAUGGAGUUCAGUUACCUGGAGAAGGUAGUGGUGUCUCGGGUGGCGAGGGUCUGUAAGGGGGACCUGGGCGGCUCUCAGCGUGUCCUGGAGAAGCAGUGGACGUCCUUCCUGAAGGCGCGGCUCAACUGUUCUGUCCCUGGCGACGCCCACUUCUACUUCAACGUGCUGCACUCCACCAGCCCGGUGAUCCGGCUGCAUGGCCGCGACACUGUGCUCGGUGUCUUCUCCACUCCAGCCAACAGUAUCCCCGGCUCCGCGGUCUGCGCCUUCGACAUGCAGCAGCUGGCCAGCGUGUUUGAGGGGCGCUUCAAGGAGCAGAAAUUCCCCGAGUCCAUCUGGACUGCAGUGCCCGAUGAGCUGGUCCCGAAACCCAGGCCAGGCGCCUGUGCUGUCCAGGGCUCCAGGUUCAACUCCUCCACAACCUUCCCAGACGAAGUGCUGAACUUUGUGAAGACACACCCUCUGAUGGACGAGGCCGUCCCCUCUAUUGGUCAGCGGCCCUGGAUUGUCAGGACCAUGGUCAGAUAUCAGCUCAGCAAGAUCGUGGUGGACACUGCCGCCGGCCCCUACAGGAACCACACACUUCUGUUCCUGGGAUCUGACACAGGCACCGUCCUCAAAUUCCUCGUCCACCCCCAGGAGGACAACAGGGCUGCCUACAGCAGCGUCUUCCUGGAGGAGUUUGAAGGCUUUAACCCAGACAAGUGUGGCGUGGACUCCCCCUCUGCACGGAGGAUGCUGGCAAUGAGCCUGGACCGCCCCAGCCGCUCCCUGCUCCUGGCCUUCCCAGCCUGCGUGGUGCGCGUCCCUCUGGCCCGUUGCCAGCAGCAUGCCCGCUGCAUGAAGAACUGCAUCGCCUUGAGGGACCCCUACUGUGGCUGGACCCGGGGCAGUACCUGCUCCUUCCUGGAACCAGGGACAAGACUGCCGUUUGAGCAGGACGUUGAGCACGGAAACACAUCCCACCUGGGCGACUGUGAAGGGCUCCUGCAGGAGAGUUUUGUAGAGGAGCCAGAGGGGCUGGUGUCCGUGAACCUGCUUGUGCUCUCCGCAGUGUCUGCCUUCGCCACUGGGGCGGCACUGUCAGGCCUGGCUGUCUGCUGGUUCAUGAGGCACCAGCACCGUCGCCGUGCCUGCAGCGGGGGUGCUGGUUCCAGCAGCAGUCGGCGCAAGGGGGACAAGGAGCAGAGCAUGCUUCCGCAGGGCGGUGGGGGCUCGGUAGUGAGCGUGACACGGCCCUGCGGGGGCGGGGACAGGCCGCCGCCCCGAGGGCAGUCCGAGACACUACUAGCACCACUCAUGGUGCAGAACGGCUGGCCCAAACCUGUUGGAGGGGUGAUGCGGCUCAGCCAGCCGGACCUGGACCCGGGGCUGCUGCCCACUCCCGAGCAGACGCCCCUCCAGCAGAAGCGCCCCCCCCCGGGGCUAAGGCUCAGCGCGGGCGACCCCAGCUGGGAUCAGAGCCAGACCUACCUGAACUCCGCCGGCACGCCCUGCCCUCCCCCCUCCUCCGUCAUCUACCUGAGCUCCAAGCACCUGCCCACCGCCAGGGGCAUGCGCCACCCCGAGGAGCAGGGUGACCCGCCCCAGCUGGCCGAGCGGCACUACCUGGCCCUGGCGGUGCACGAGCCCCCUCCCCAGCUUCCGCUGUCCCGGGAGCAUGGCACGCGGCCCGGAGCUCCGCUGCGCAAUUCAGCCGGGGAGUACCCCUAUCCUGUGACACCCCAGGACAGUCCUGAAAGGAGGAGGGUGGUCUCAGCUCCUAACACUGAGCUGGAUUUUGGGGACUCCCUACGAUGGAACCCUGAGACUCUCAACUUCAACAGCAACAAUGCCUCGUCCUCCGGCCGCCACCACUACGCGUCCCGUGCCCCCCCAGCCCUGGGCAGGGCAGCCCUGCACUCCACUCAAGGCCUGGGCAGCCUGGCAGACUUCAGCAAGCUUCUCCACAAGAGCGCCAGCGACAGGACUCCAUCCGGCCAGUGAGGGAGGCCAGGAUGCACAGUGUGAGGAAGCCCCUGCCCCCAGCCCCCGCUGCCAGAACCAUCACUUGGACUCCCACCCCUAGCCUGCCUGGCCCUUCUGUCUUUCCUGUCAUCCCAGAGUUUCCGCACCGGCAGGGACAAGACAGCACCACACAGAGAGGCUCUGGGACCCAGCAGGAGACUCCACUCGGAUCUCUGUGGAAAAACUGCACAGACAGGGAGGCUGGCAUUGCAAUGAGAAGAAAUCCUGGGCGCCAUGCUGGCAGGAGCCAGGGUGGGCUGUUCUGUUCAGGACCCGAGAGCAGUGCUGAAUGUCCAGGAUGGCCCUCCAGCCUGGAAAGAUCUUGUUGCUUUUGCACAUUGAGUUAAACGACAUGGAUUCUGUUUGCCCUGUACCUGCCAUCAGCGGACUGCAGAUUAAAGACACUCAGCAACACAUACAACCUGUUUUUACAAUCAUUGAGUAAGAUCAGACUGUGUUUGAGUCUGAUUAAUGGACAAGGCGAGACUCACAGAAAGGUAAUUUGUGCAGAUCUGCAGUACUGGAACGACUCAAAGCCCUGUCUUAAUGUGGGGUGGCAGAAAAGCAAUUCAGAAACACAUGAGUUUCAGAGAAACUGAUGGGACAGCAGCACAAUCUCAAUGUCUCUAUAAAUAUGUAUGAUUUCCUAAAAUGGCUUUGUCGAUAAAGUGUACAAGGGAAUCUUUAAACACAACCCCUGGUACCACACCCCUCUUCUCGCGCACACGGGUUUGUGCAGUCGUGCAGGCUGGCCCGGGGGGGGAGCUGUGAGGAAUCUGCUCUGUCUGAGAGCCCCACCUGAGCUGAGGGGGGAGCUGGAGGGACAGCAGGGUAGGACAGGGAAGGUUUUAUUUUUGAUAAAACGUUUUUUUAUCUACUGAAGAUCGAAACAGAGGAAGAAACGCCCCCUCCAGCCCGGGGGCAUGUGUAAUGGGGGGAGGGCACUUGAACCCUGACCUGAUGACCCCCUCUCCCCUGCCGCCCAGCUGUAGCCCCUCUGCAAAGAGUGUGAAUGGACCUGGAAGUACUGCUGAAUAUUGCCAGCAGGGGGCACUCCCAAGGAAGACUUGCUGGGUGCAGCAGAGUAUUGAUGAAGCACUUUGCUGUCAGCAGGCUGCAGGAGGCAGGCUGACAUCCUGCACACAGCUGACCGGCUUGCGCUCAGCGCCUCUCCAGGCACACUAGAAAUUCCCAGGUGUGCUUUUUAAGCCUGCUGGUUCGCUGUUUGUUUUGGUUUGAUUAUCCUGGUCUGUUUGUUCUGCUGUGCUUCAUUUCUCCCUGUCCUGUAACUGCCCUGUUUGUUUCGUUCUGUGAUUCCUGGGUUCUGGCCAAGCGGUCCAGUCCCUUGUGCUGUUCUGAGCACAGGUCACGGGCAGCGCUGUGAGUCAGGAGAGGAUCUGCCUGUGACCUGUGUCUGUGUCCUGACAGUUGUCUCGCCUGGGUAGAAUCUCCUGCUGCCUGGGGAAUUGUAGCAUCUGAUGGUUCAGAUAAUGUCUUGCCUGUCCUAACUGGCAUAUGUAUAUGUGGAGACCAUACUUAUUUCGGCUUAGAAAACAAAUUGGAAAACAUAUCCAAAUCAGCGAAAAGGUUGAACUUGAAAGUCCUGUUUUUGCAGCAGUUUUAAAGAUCAGCACAUGAAAGGGUUAAUGCCACUCUCCUUCCAUGCUGUCACAGAUACACAUACAGUAGGUGGCAGAGUACUUCAGAAGAGAGUCAGCGAGGGGACUGCUGACCUGAGCACAUGAGGGAGAAGCAGCGAAGGGCAGGAGGGCUCUGAUCGAUAACCUGGAGCCAGAUGACCUGUAAGAGGGCCGUUUAUUCCUGGACUCUUCAUUGUGGGCAGCAGUGCAGAGGCCAGGGGGUGGUGGGGUUAGACAGUCGCUUGUUAUGAAACUGUCGCAAGAUAUCAAAAUAAAACAACCGUUCCCCUCCCCCCCCAGAACUAGAAAUAUAAUCAGUACUGAACUGGACAUCCCUGGGAUAAAAUAAAUAAAUGUAGUCUGGAUGAAUGUUUAUUUCUGGGAGAAAUAAUAAACUUUGCAGAUUUAUGUUUAAACACAAAGUGAACUCUUUCUGGCUGCACUGAGCUUGCUGGCUGGCUGUUAGUCAGCAGUUGGAAUGAGACAGUGGCAAAGGUCCUGCGUCAGAUGGGAUUAAAUGUUACUGCAGGGUUCUCCUCUCAGCUAAUAUUUGAGGAAAAGUUUUCAUCUGGGAAGCAGAGAGGCUAGUUUUCCGAGAGGGGGGUGCAGCCUGGAGAGGACAGUUUGAUUAGAUGACCGUGGACAGCAGGGUGGGCCUUGCGUGUUGUUGCACAAGGUCAGUUUCUACAUGAAAGCUCAGCCCAUGUCAUCAUCAGCCCAGCUCCGCUGUGGAAGUCGGGGGAAAGUUUUGUCUUAAUGCGCUGCUGAAGUAGAAUGUACAGAGAGCCUAAUCGAGUGUGAGAUUAUUAUGUGCAGGAUAUUAAUGUCAACGCAUGGGUAAGUCCUGCCCACGUGGGCUCAGUCUGCACCUCUCAGGGCUCAGGGCUCCCUGCCAAGACCUCAUUCUAGAGGCUUAGAGUUGCGGGCCUAGGCCAGCAGAGGAAGAGGGAAAUAAAGAUCAGGCAUCAGAUAUGACCCCUGAUUUUUCUGGCAACAAGAAAUACAGCAAGUCCUGCAUUGCACUAAGGAGGAGGUCUGAAGACAGAGCAUUUACCCCAUUCACCCCAGCCCUCCACCCGGCUGACACUCACACCCCACCGGCCCUCCCUGCUCACCCCUUUAGGUACGGAGUAAAUCAGUCAUGUCCAGCCUGCUCCAUCAGUCCUCUCGUCCUGCUCCUUGGCUGGGUUCCUGACACGCUUGAUUAGAGCGCGUCAGUGUCAGUCCUGCUCCCAGCGAGCUGACGAGUCUGAAAGCCUAGCGCUGCUGGCAGGGGCACCCGGGACGCCUGCCCAGGUGACCCGAAACCACUCUCGACCGCCAGUCAGUGAAAUACAGAGGCAGACAGCAAACUGGAAUCCUGCAUCUCGAAACACUGCUAUUCUGUAAAUUGCAGUGCAAUAAGAAUUACCUGUCAGACCUGUACAUCUCUGUCAGUAACAGCUCUUGGAAGUGCGGGGGCCACAGUGGAGGCUGUCUUGUGAGACAGUAAUGCCAGCACUGUGCUUGUGGUGAAGUCUCCAGGCCACAGCACUGGAUAGUGCAGCCAUGCAGAGCGGCAGUGCUAGCCCCUGACCAGGAGGAAGUAAUAAUAAUAAUAAUAAUAAUAAUAAUAAUAAUA